AACUAGGGAGGGCAAUGUGACGCUGAGGAAACAGAAAGCACACAACCUUGUUUUUAAAGAAAACACAUUACACAAGUAUUUAUUGCAAAGUGCAUUUCAAUGCAAGGACAAAAGAGAAGUUUCUAAUAAGAAGUAAACUGAAACGUAAGGAGAAAGAGGACGCGCUGCCCGGGACAACAAGAGCGCAACGUACUCAACUGUUAACCGGCACGAGCAUUUGUUCCUUAGAACAGCUGAGCGCGAACACAACUCGAGUUCACCCGGCGCGAGCUCGCUGAUACUACGUAGAGGAAAAUCUGAACUGUAGGUGACGACUUCCACGCACGCGCACACGUUAACCGGCAACUGGAAAAAGAAUACAACACGAAGGCGGCACAGCCGGUUUUUUUACUCCUCCUUUGUUGUUUUUUAUUCUCCAUCAACGAACGUUAAACCCACAGCUCUUUUCCCACCCAUCUUCCCUCCUCCCUCUCGGUGGCUGCCGGCAGAGGAUGGCCUCGGCGCUGUACGCCUGUACCAAGUGUAACCAGCGGUACCCAUUCGAGGAGCUUUCUCAGGGCCAGCAGUUGUGUAAGGAGUGCCGGAUUGCUCAUCCAAUUGUAAAGUGCACCUACUGUAGAUCAGAGUUUCAACAAGAGAGCAAAACCAACACUAUAUGCAAGAAAUGUGCGCAAAAUGUUAAGCAGUUUGGGACGCCCAAACCAUGUCAGUAUUGUAACAUCAUAGCUGCAUUCAUUGGCACAAAAUGUCAACGUUGCACCAACUCAGAGAAAAAAUAUGGACCUCCUCAAACGUGUGAGCAAUGCAAGCAACAGUGUGCUUUUGAUCGCAAAGAAGAGGGAAGGAGAAAGGUUGAUGGAAAGUUGUUAUGCUGGCUUUGCACACUAUCUUAUAAAAGGGUUCUUCAGAAGACUAAAGAGCAGCGGAAGAGUUUGGGUUCCUCUCAUUCUAAUUCUUCGUCAUCCUCCCUCACUGAGAAAGACCAGCAUAAUUCCAAACAUCACCAUCAUCACCACCAUCACCACCACCACAGACACGGCAGCAGCCACCACAAAAUCAGCAGUUUAAGUCCAGAACCAGAGCAGGGAAUAUGGAAACAAAGUCAUAAAUCGACUACAACAAUUCAGAAUGAAACUCCAAAGAAAAAACCCAAAUUGGAAACUAAGCCAUCUAAUGGAGACAGUAGCUCAAUUAAUCAGUCAACAGACAGCGGUGGUACAGACAAUUUUGUCCUUAUAAGUCAGCUGAAAGAAGAGGUGAUGGCUCUUAAACGCCUUUUGCAACAGAGAGAUCAAACAAUAUUAGAGAAAGAUAAAAAGCUAACAGAGUUGAAGGCAGACUUUCAGUAUCAAGAAUCAAAUUUAAGGACAAAGAUGAAUGAAAUGGACAAAGCACAUAAAGAUAUGGUUGAGCAAUUGCAGGGCAAGAAUCGAGAGUUACUGAAGCAAGUUGCAGCCUUAUCAAAGGGUAAAAAGUUUGAUAAGAGUGGAAGUAUACUUACAUCUCCUUGAUGAUUUUUAUAUGCCUAUAUGUACCGUAAUUCUGUGAAGCCCUUAAAAAUAUCCAGUAAGGAGGAAAAAUCUGCAAUACUCUUAAUAAAAAAACACAAACAAAAAAAUAGUAAAAAUACAUACAUAAUCACUUUUUUUUUUUUUUUUUUAAAUUAUUUAUCGGGUUUUUUUGCGGGUUUUUUUUUUUUUUUUUUUUUUUUUUUGUCUUUCAUCUUCGGCUGGCUUGAAGACACUUCUGUUUGGUUUCUGCAAGGGUAUUAAAAGGACAUCAUACAAUAAUGCUUAUUUUUGUCAAACUCAAAAGGCAAUAAAUCAGUAAACAGGAAAUCCAGACCAGCAACGGGGGUUGCUUUUAAUAAUGCUCACAUUUAAAGGAUCCGCUUCAAUAAACCUUUCCCCCUUUUUAGUGAAAUAGGAAAUUCUGACUUUCUAGAAUAUAAUUGGAUCAUGGUGCUUAACCUCUUUUUGGUGCUGCUGUACCCAACUGCAUUUGUAAACAAAUAUUUUGCAGGCCCCACAUUGGUUAAAAAUCUAUUCUAUAAACAUUAAGUAAAUAUUUUCACUGUACAGAGUGAUAAUCCUCAUGUUUAUAUUGUACAGUAUCUGCGGGGGGGAAUAAAAGCUCUUUUUUAA